AUGGGGAAGGUGAAAAAAGCAUAUGAGCUCGAAAUCACAAAGAUCCUUGCCAAGACCAUGCAGAGCAGCUACAGGAAGAAGCAGGUCGAGGAGUUGGUUUCAAGAAUCCUCCUGAAGAUGCAGGCCGUCAUCAGGCCUAGCGGUGACUGCGAUGAGAUAGAGGCACUAAGGUCCGAGUUCAUGUUUUUGAAGCAGGAGGCACACUCCCUUAUGAACUCUUGA